AUGAACAUCAUGCGCACUGAAAAUUCUCUGCACGAAUCCGAAAAACGCUCACAAGAGGAGGAAGACCUAAAAGAUAGGAGUACUAAGAAAGUGAAGAUGGAUGCAACAAAAGAGGAGGGUGCUCCCAUGGAAGGAGUAGUUGAAGUGAUCUUAGAGGAAGACUCAACUAUGGAGGGUGUGCAAACAGAGUCAGCAGAGAAUGUUGAGGCCUCUAAUAAAUCCAAUGAACAAAAUAAGGGUACUAAAGCUUCCUAUAAGGAUAUGGUGAUGGCUAACGGCUUAGGGGACUCUUUGAAUCCUGAAGAAAUUGUUCAGAUGGUUUCUGAAGAUUAUGAAUCUGACUUCGAGAAGGAUAGACUUGCAGAAGAACCCCUAGCUCCCUUCAAUCCCAAACCUGUUAUCGAAGUGUCCCUAGAGGAAUACGAUGAAUGUCUCCCUUUUAUGGAGAAAUGGGUAACCAGAAGAUGGGCGAAGCAAAGCACCAUCAACGUAACGGAUCUGGAGGAAAACUUUUUCUUGAUUCGUUUCCAUGCUCAGGAGGACUAUGCCUACGCCCUCUUCGAAGGGCCUUGGAUGAUUGCUGAUCACUACCUUUUGGUCCAAAGAUGGAGACCUCUUUUCUUUCCUCACGAGAUGGGAAUCCAAAAAGUAGUUGUCUGGGUCCGCAUCCCUAACCUACCAGCAGAACUUUACAACAGAUUUUUUCUAGGAAAACUGGGUAACUCCCUGGGCACUAUGUUGAAAAUCGACGGCCAUACGUCUAUACACUCCAGAGGAAAGUUCGCUCAGAUUUUUGUUGAGGUGGACCUUAGGCAGCAACUUGUUCCUUCUUUCUCUGCUCUAGGUAAGGAUUUCCGCCUGGAGUAUAAAGGUCUUCACUUAAUCUGCUUUAACUGUGGAAGAUAUGGCCACAGAAAGGACGAUUGCCCAGAGUUGAGUAUAUCGGGCACAAACGCAGUCUCCAUACCAGAAAGCUCACCCUCAGAUCUGUCGGAAUACUCCACCGACAAACGGCCAGAACAACCACAUGCCAAGGAGGAUCAGAAUCAGAGUCAGAAAGGGAAAGAGCGGAUAGAGAGCGAGAAUCUCGAUGCAAAUCAGGAAAAUAAUGGCCAAGAUAUUAGCAAGGAUACACCACAAAUCAUGGCAAUUAAGGAUUAG